AACCGCAUAAAUACCGGCUCGCCAGUGAAGGAGGAUCAGUCAUCUCUUCUAAAAGAAGCUAUCACCAGAGAAACGACAGGACGUCGCUGUUACUUGAAACGUUCUAUUGAUUAUAUUUAUUUAUUCGUUUGAUCUUGUUUAAAUCGAACCAGAAGGAUGAGUCGAUUGAAUCUUGAGAUUUUUGUCAUGGCAGCUUUGGGCACGCUGCUCGUGUCCCCUGGGGUCCGGGGCUCGCCUGUUGCAGCGGCACCAGAGCCGAUCCGCUGCGCCCCGUGCUCACCGGAGCGACUGGCCUCGUGCCCUGCGGUGGAUCCCAGUUGUGAAGAGGUUCUACGCGAGCCUGGCUGCGGUUGCUGCAAGGCGUGCGCAUUGAAGGCCGGAGACUCGUGUGGCUUCUACACGGCGCCUUGUGGGUCGGGUUAUCGCUGCCUCCCGAAGCCCGGCGAAAGCCGACCUCUUCAUGCGCUCAGCCGAGGGCAUGGCAUCUGCACCGAACAGACCGAUGCUGAUACGGAACGGAGCCAGGCGCCACAGCCUGCUGAUCCAAGUGAGACAGACGGGUCGGUGGUGACAGAAACCGGCAACCCCCUUUUCCUCGCCGGCCACGGGAAGCCCAUCAACCCCCGGGUGGCUGCCGAAGCGCAGGAGAGCAUGAAAGCCAAAGUGAACGCCAUUAAAAGGAAACUAGUGGAGCAGGGCCCCUGUCAUGUUGAACUACAAAGGGCACUUGAGAAGAUCUCCAAAUCCCAGCAGAAGUUGGGCGACAAGCUCACCCGAUUUUAUCUACCCAACUGUGAAAAAAAUGGGCGCUACAAAGCCAAGCAGUGUGAGUCAUCUCUGGAUGGUACGAGGGGAAAGUGCUGGUGUGUGUCACUCUGGAGCGGAAAGAGGAUUUUUGGGAGCAGCGACCUUCCGGAAGACUCCGAAUGUCCCCUGGAGCAGAAUCACUGACGCACGCCUUCCUCUCGCUCAUCACUACUGACGUCUUUCUUUUAAAAGCCUUAUUUAUUUAUUGUCUAUUUCAUCUGGGGGUCUGUAAUUCAGGUACAUGCGCUGUUGUCGGUGGGCGACAUAUUCCACUGAAAUGAAAAAAAAAAAAGAAAUCUAUUUUUUUUCCAUAAAGGGAAAACUGAUAUUUCUAUAUGUAUUUACAUGCACUAUAUACUCUUAUUUAUUUUCAACCCUGUGUAUUCGUAUUGAUAUUGGAUAUUUCUUAUAAUGUCAAUAUUUAUAACCUUUUGCCAUAUUUGAACAUUUUUAUUUUAUUUUUUCUAUUGUUAUUUUUAUUAUGGUAUGUUUUAUGUUCAUGUUUUGAGGUAUGUGAUGGAGAAGGGGAAUCACUGUGACCAAACCUCUCUGAUCUUCCCUCUCUCUCACACACACACUCAUACAGAUACACUGCAUGUCGCAUUUGGUGGCGACGGUUUACUGUUAUUUUGCUGUUUUCUGUUGUGUAAUUGUAUUUUUUUCUGGAUUUGUUUUUGUUUGUGCACUGACUGAUGUCUUAUUUGGUUUGUGGCACUGAUAUGUAUGUGUGUUGGGGGAAAUGAUCCAGCACAUGUACUUCUUAUCUGGUUGACCUCUUCCUAAAGGGGAGAGGGCACCACUGACCUAGGAACAGCUGACCUGGGAACAGCUGCAUUGUGGGUAAUUGAGUCUAGAGGUGGCAUCAUGCUGAGUCCCAGAUCCUGGGUCAGAUCCGAAUGUUUGAACUACCUCAUAGCAUCAGAUAAGCAUGCGAAAUGUGUGUUUGUAUUGUAUGUGUGUGUGUGUGUGUGCGCGUGGGUGUGUGUGUGUCAGUCACUCUGUGUCUGUUUUGCAUAGAAGAAGUGAAUGUCUGUUCAGUUUUAACAGUACUGUGCAUGUGAUUUAAGUGUGACACGGUUGGAUACUCUGUUUUUUUUGUCUAUCUUCAUGUCAGUUUCUUGAAUUCCAAAGGACUGUUCAUCCAUGUGCAUACUGUACACUAUUUUGUAAUUUCUUUUGGCAUAUACACAUAUCUAUAUAUUUAAUAAAAUAUUUAAUCAGAUAAUUGUCUUGA